UUAAAGCGGAGUUCCACCCAAAAGGGGAAAUUCCGCUUUAAGGACUGCUCCUCCGCUUCCCAUUAAGGAUUGGCACCUUUGGGGAGCGGAGGGGGGGGGCGGGAACCCGAAUUUGACAGGUACCCGCUCCCACUUCUGGUCCGAUCGCCUAGGCGACCAGAGGCGGAAGGUGUCCUCCCUUCCUGUAGUCUUUUGGGACACGUGACAGGUCCCAGAAGACUACAGGACCAUUCAUGAAGCGCAGCACUACUCAUGCAUGCGCAGUGGGUACCCGGCUGUGAAGCCGCACGCUGUCACAGCCGGGUGCCCACACUGAAGAUGCCGGCUUCCUGGAAUCCAGGACGGCCGGUGAAACGGGCUGUGGGGGAUACACCGUGGGACCAAGGGACAGGUAAGUGGCUGUUUUUUAAAAGUCAGCAGCUACAGUUUUUGCAGCUGCUGACAUUUAUUUUUUUACAGGGUGAGUGGAACUCCACUUUAAAGAGAAACCGCAACUCAAGUAGUUUAACCUUCAGGCUCCAU